AUGUCUUCAGACAGCGACAGUUCAUAUGGUGGUGGAGGGGGAUAUUCUUACGGUGGAGGUGGGUAUGGAAGAGCAGCAAGCUCAUCAUCUGAAUCUGAAUCAGAGUCUGACCGUGACACACGCCACGGUGGAUGGGGAUCUCGUUAUGGAGGAAGAGGAGGCGGCAUGAGCAGUGGCACAGGCGCGGGGGGGAACACAAGCAGUGCUUACGGUUCGGGGGGCGUAUCGCAUGGAGCGGCAAGCACGGGUAGAAGUUUGGAGGCGGAAACGGAUGCCGGACCAGAUCAUGACGGGAACGAGCAACGAACCCCGGAGCAAGAUAGAUCCAGCGCGCACCCCUCAGCGGCUGAAACCCUUCAAGGCCGCAACCAAGGGGGGAUGUCAUCUUCUGAGCCGACUGCAUCUCAUAGCCGUGAUGGUGGGCAUGGGAUCGAACAUGGUACAGUUGGAGGGGCACAAGACGAUGGAGACGAGAGUGAAAACGAUGAUGAUGGUACAGACAGUGGCGGAGAUGCGGACCUGUCGUUGGCUGUCGUCCAAGAUGACCCUGAAGACAAUUCAUCGACGCAUUCGAUCUCGGGGGGGUUAGGCUUGAACUCCGACAGCGAAAAUGAAGGAGCUACCCGAGGAAAGGGAUCAAACUCGCGAGACUCCUCUAGAAACCGUGGGGGCGGUGGUCGCAUCGGUGAUGCCGAGGUAGGCUUCCACGACAUCGACACGGCGCUUCCUGACAACUCUGAAGCGGGAGGCAUUGGCAUCUACGUUCGACUCGAUUCUACCGAGAGCGUUAAUGACCGCGGUUUCUUCAACGGCAAUUCACCCAUCGUACGUUUCCAACUGCUUGAUGCAAGUCAUCCAAAGCAACGCACGCAGCAAAUGAACGACACAUCAACGGUACAGGGGAACAAUGAUGGCAGAUUUCAAGCUCAGACAGAAACCCUUCAAGCAAACCUCGCGAAUCAACUGAAUUCGAGUACCGGCUCCUAUCGCACGUUGACCCCCUCGGAGGUGCCAUCCCCACAGCUGGCUGAGCCUCAACCUGACAGUGAUUCUCAAGUUCCCCCCUUUGAAGAGUCACAGAGAAUGAAACAUAUCAAGGCCCUUGAGUUGCGCAUCAAACGAGACACGGCCCCAAUUUUCGCCAGCACCGGUUAUGGAACCAUACAACGCCAAUCCUACGCAAAUUCUGCAACUGAAUCUGAUAUUUGGAUACCUUUCUGCCACUGCUUACCAGCUGAUUUCACACGGGGACCUACGUAUGCAGCACUUCCAGGGCGAUCCCAUAUCCGUGUGGUUACAAUUCGCCCUGGCAAGGGAGAUGAGAUUCUCAGCUGCACAUUGGACACAGUGGACCUUGAUAAUCUGGAAAAGCCCUAUGAAGCAAUUUCUUAUCAGUGGGGGAGCCCUAAAGUGUCAAAAACGCCCAUCUCAAUCUCUGGAAAGGAGGUGUUCAUAAGCACAACGCUAACAAAUAUCCUCAUGCGGUUGCGGUUGCACGAUCGCGUGCGUAUCGUGUGGGCUGAUGCUCUGUGCAUUAACCAGGGGGAUCAUGCUGAGCGUCAGCAGCAAGUUGGUCUCAUGCGUCGUGUCUAUUCGCAGGCAUUGAGAGUGGUGAUUUGUCUUGGGGCUCAGAAGUCUCUAGCCAAGGAAUCCUUCUCUGCAGUCCAAACGCUUACGUCUAUCUGGUUAAGAUUCCAAAACAGCCCAUCUGCUACGUUGAGCAAAAGCCAGGUAAUACUUGACAAGAAGUACAGGUCCACUGUUGGCCAGGCCACCAUGGAAAAAAUCCUACCGAUCUUCCAGGAUUCUUACUGGACACGCCUUUGGGUAGUCCAGGAAGUGGUUUCGUCACGCCUCGCAGUUGUCCAAUGGGGUGAUGAGGAAAUAUCUUGGACUUUAGUUGGACUUGCAGCGGUUUUGAUACGAAAUCAAGAAUCGCUUUGGCAGAGGUUCACGUCUUCGAAGGUAUCUGAGGCCGCUGUUUUUGGCCUCCUGAACGCCUACCUGAUGUAUCGACUGCCCUCGGCCAGUUUCCGUGGAAGCUCCAUGUCUUUUCUGGAUGUGCUUCGUCUUACGCGGGGGUUUAAUGUGACGGUUCUGCUGGAUCGUAUCUAUGCCGUGCUUGGAUUACCGAGCCAACAGACUGAGGCUGGCAAGGUAUUCAUCACGCCCAACUACCGAAUUCUUCGGGAGGGCCUAUAUACACGUGUCUUCUACUGGGUGACGGCCACCCAUGAAACUCCCUUGGAGAUACUCUCGACAGUCCGACACAUGAAGCGCAUUGACCCAGAGUUCCCGACUUGGAUUCCACAAUGGCAUAUUGACCCGAUCCGGAGCAUCGCUGGUUCGCACCAUAAAACUAUGAAGUUCGAUGCUUCAGCCAACUGUCCACCUAAUCCGUUAUUUCAAGUCAAUUGGAAACUGGAUGAGCGGAGCUUAACGUUAGAAGGACUUAUACUUGGGGUUAUCAAGUCUUCGGCAAAGCUCCUCCCUGCUAAACUAUCACCCAAGGCCACGUGGAGGGCUCGACAACUGGCCGAGCAUAAUGCACAAUUGGAGGAGUGGGCUAUGAAUCAUCUCAGCAGCGAACCAAAGAGACUGGCGCUUAGCCUGACGUUGACGGCCGGGCAGGACUGGUAUGGGACCAUUAUCAAGGAACACAUGGACUGCGAACAUCACUUGAAAUGCUUUCUCGACUGGAUUUGCACGCAAAAUUGGAUGAGCUCACCCCGCAAUGGCCUGAGAGUAGGACAUAGCAGUCUACGCGCGGAGAGAUAUGCCCAAGCUAUGCGGAAUGUAUGCCACGGGCGUAAAGCAUUCACAGCCACAGGCUGUAGCAUGGGACUGGGACCUGAUGUACUCCGUCCGGGCGACUUGGUGUGUGUUUUGUUCGGUGGUCCAGUGCCUUACAUUUUGCGUCCGUUGCGUGGAAAUGCAUAUCACUUUGUAGGCGAAUGCUUCGUUCCAGGAUAUAUGGAUGGAGAGGCGAUCACACAAUGGAAAGCUGGGACGUUAGGAGCACAAGAGACUGAACGAUUCGUUUUGGAGUAA